GGGUGGGGACGCUGCGCUUGGGGCGGCUAGCGGAUCGCGAGGAGCUCCGGGGUCCCGGCAUGGCGUCCCAGGGGCGUCGGCGGAGACCCGAGACCAUGGUGCCGGGGGAGGCGGCCGAGACGGACUCGGAGCUGACGGGGUCGUCGUCCGAGGAGGAGGAGCUGUACCUGGGUCCCGCGGGCCCGACGCGCGGCCGCCCCACGGGGCUGCGGGUGGCGGGCGAGGCCGCCGAGACCGACUCGGAGUCGGAGCCCGAGCCCACGGCGGCGCCCCGGGACCUGCCUGCGCUCGUGGUGCAGCGGGAGGCGGCGGCGGAGGAGGAGGAGGCGGCCUCGGCGGCCCCGGCGCGCUCCCUGCUGCAGCUCCGGCUGGCCGAGAGCCAGGCCCGGCUGGACCACGACGUGGCCGCGGCCGUGAGCGGCGUGUACCGCCGUGCUGGCCGCGAUGUGGCCGCCCUGGCCGGCAGGCUGGCGGCGGCGCAGGCGGCGGGGCUGGCGGCCGCCCACAGCGUGCGCCUGGCCCGGGGGGACCUGUGCGCGCUGGCCGAGCGCCUGGACAUCGUGGCCAGCUGCUGCUUGCUGCCGGACAUCCGUGGCGUUCCGGGGACCGAGCCGGAGCAGGAGCCGGGGCCGCGGGCCUAGCCGGGACUCGUCCUGUGUGCUGUCACCUGCUUGCAUCUGCCAGGACACCUCCUGACGCCCCCCACCCUGUCCCCUUGUAUCUUAUGGUGGAAUGGGCUUCCUUGGGUGGUUCCCAGCCUGCUGACACUACCUAUGGGAACCUGGGCUGCAGGUACUCCCUAAGCUUCCUUCCUUGGGACCCCAAAGGAUGCCGCCUGGCUCCAGACCUCAGGUGACUUCUGGGGGGCCGUCCAGUGCCACGUGACACUCGCUCCUGGUGACACCAUCACUUCCUGGGUGCUUCAGGGGUCCGAGGUUUCUGAUUUCGCCAGGGGCUGGGGCGCAAUGCCUGUAUUUUCCCCUUCUCCCCAGCUCCCUGCCCUGUAGCUUGGGGUCAGAGCCCCUAGGGAGGGAGGGAGCGCUGUCUGCCACAGGGGUAUGAGAACCCCAGCUGGCAGUGGGGGGGCUUCCUGGACCCCCUAGGCCACCUCACCAAAGGUGAAGCAGUGCCUGGGGUGGCAGUGCCCCUGCUGUUCUGCCAACAUUUGUUUCCCUGUCAGUGGAGCUGUGGGGGUCCCCGCCUGCCUCCCCAGAGUGCGCAGCCCCCUGGGAAGGUAGCUGUGAAUAAAUCCUGGGCGUGUCUCAGGCUC